GGGAGACGGAGACGUAAAUCAUCAGUGGUCAAAGAUUUCGGACAAAUGUCCCUAGAGUGGGACACUAUAACAGCAACGAUAGAAAUCAUAACAAGUGUGGAGAAAUGGAGAUCACCCUUCUGCUGCUUCAAAAGUUCCGUAAAAGAUAGGAAGACCAUCCUAAACAGAGUCUCAGGAACAGCAAGGCCCGGGGAACUGUCCUUUCUGAUGGGACCUAGCGGAGCCGGCAAAACAACCUUGCUGAACUGUCUGUACGGUUACAGUAAGAAUGCUACUUUGAAGUGUACGGGGGACAUUAGGGUCCAGGGAGCUCCUGCCAAGUACUGUAUGGGUAAGAUAUCUGCUUAUGUGGAACAGGAACCUCAUCUACUGAGUUGUCUGACUGUUUGGGAACACAUCUGGUUCCACGCCGCACUCCGUGCUACUGACUGCUUCGGACCUGACGAUAUCAAGUCUAAAGUCAAUAGUGUGUUGAGAAAGGUGGGACUUCUUCACACUCAAGGAACUGUUAUUGGAGUGUCUGGGAACGGGAUAUCUGGAGGGGAGAAGAAACGGCUGUCUUUAGCAACUGAGUUGAUAUCUGACCCGCCUAUCCUCUUUGCUGAUGAGUCCACAUCAGGUCUAGAUUCGUCAACAGCCCUAUCCAUCAUCAAGCUGCUAAAAUCUCUAGCAAAAGACGGCCGAACUAUCAUCCUCAGUAUACACCAGCCCUCAUCUGCCAUCUUCAUGAUGUGUGACAGACUGACUUUGCUGAGUUACGGACAGACCGCACUUCACGGGUCCAUGUCGGAGAUAGCCCCAUUCCUGGAGCAGAUGGGGAGUCCUUGUCCCAUGCACUUCAACUUGGCAGAUCAUCUGAUGGAUCUGUCCAGCGGUGAAGGUGCUUACGGGAUGAUAAAGUUUUACAGCAGCCAAGCCAGUAAGGGGUACCAAACAGAGGGCAAAGUCUCAAAGGCAUCCAGUGUGUCAUCUCUACUGGACGCUCUAGCCAUGAGUGGGACAGUAGGAUCAAGACAGGUAACAUUCCUAGCACAGCUAAGAGCGGUAAUGUGGCGGAGCGGGGUUGUAAAUGCUAGACAUCUCGCUUUGGGGAAAAUGAGGAUGUUUCAGACAAUCUUCGUAGCGGGCCUGCUGAGCGUCAUUUUCUUCCAAAUUCCAGAUAAUCCUGAGACAUCUGUGAGUAAGAUCGGAGUUAUCUGCCUGGCUAUCUUGAACCAUACUUGCAUUGUAGGUUUUGCUGUGAUGAGAGCGUUUAUAGCGGACAAAGAAAUCUACAUGCAGGAGAAGCAGUUGAACAUGUACACAGCCACUGUUCUCUUUAUUAGUCAGAAUCUAACGGAUCUUCCUUUCACCUUGGCUCACGGCUGGAUCUACUCCACUAUCAUCUACUGGGCUGUUGGCUUCCAAAGCUCCUUCACAAAGUAUCUGAUAACUUCUGCUGCUAUCACUCUAAGUGAUGUCUGCUCGGUGGGAUACGGAAUGACAAUAGCGGCUCUGGCACGUGACUUUACCAGAGCUCAAGCUAUAAACCUGGGGAUCUUCUCUCUGAUGGCUCUGUUUAUUGGAAACUUCUUGAACCCUCAAACUAUCCCCGCGUACCUACAAGCAGGGAGGUAUUUCUGUUGGAUGGCACCAGCUGUAGAGAUAGCUGCUGUUACUGAGUUUAAAGAUUCCUUCUUCAACUCGACUGAUGAAACUUUCCAUGGAUUUGACAGUGGCUUGAUUGUUUUGGAUUUUUACGGAUUUGAUACGAACGAUUAUCUGCAGCGUGAUUUGAUUUGGCUUUUUGUUUUGGUGAUAUUUUAUCGCUUGACAGCUUACAGCGUCCUUUUGAUUACUUCAAGGAAAUCUGGUGCUAGCAAAAUUGAUAUCCAAAAGACUUAG